UGUCGAUAAACUUCGAUGAAGCGCGGUUCCGCUCCUCCCUCGGGGUGCUUUUUCCUUUUCUUCUCUCCUUCUCCAUGGUCUCACUCUGCGGAGGGUUGCUAAUUUUUCGCACCUCGGACUCUCUUCUGUUUUAUAGCGCUUUUGUGGUUACGUUCCUCGUAUCGUUACCACCUUUGUAUUAGUGAAGUAGAAGCAGUACUGUUCGAGUGAUUAGUCGCAGAGACGAUGAGAUUUUUGAACUUGUUGUUAGCCGUCUGCAUCCUUGGUGUUGCGCUGAAGCCAAUCAGUGUUUUCGCCAAGCGAGCCAAUGCAGACACAAAAGCCAAACAAGCAAGUAACCUAGCACAGGGAGGAGGACAACUAGGAGAGGAGGAAACCGCGGAUGGAGGAGGAAAAGGACGAAUCGGAAAGUGGACGCUCGGUCUAUCCGGUUUAUUCAGCAAGAACAAGGACAAGGACAAGGACAAGAACGACGCUACUAGUAUGAUGCACAAGCAGGAACAACAGUUGCCUGGCGUAGCCGAUAGUGACGAGCAGAACCAGCAGAAGGGUGAUCACGAUUCCAGAACCAGUGGAAUCAAGACCACAAGCCAACCUGAUGCUGUGGACGCUCGCACCCGCGCCAGUGCUGAUGCCACCGCAGAUACCCAUGACACUGCCAACGUCAAGGGCUCUGCCAACAACAACGAGCAGAACCAGCAGAAGGGUGAUCACGAUUCCAGAACCAGUGGAAUCAAGACCACAUACCAACCAGAUGCUGUGGACGCUCGCACCGCUGAUGCCGGUGCUCAUGCUCAUGCUCAUGCCCAUGACACUGCCAACGUCAAGGGCAACGAGGGGAAACCGCUAAAGGGUGAUCAAGAUUCCAGAACCAGUGGAAUCAAGAUCACAAACCAACCUGAUGCUGUGGACUCUCGCACUGCUCAUGCCAAUGCUGAUGCAAUGCUCAUGCUAUGCCCAUGACACUGCCAACGUCAAGGGCAACGAGGAGAAACCGCUAAAGGGUGAUCACGAUUCCAGAACCAGUGGAAUCAAGACCACACACCAACCUGAAGCUGUGGACUCUCGCACUGCUCAUGCCAAUGCUGAUGCCAAUGCUCAUGC